UAGCGGCAUGCAAAUGUCGGUCGCGUCACGAAAAUCUCCUUCUCUCCGUGGCUACGAUGUACGUUUAGGUGCGUAUAGAUGCAUCAAGAGUGAUGGAGAUGUCAUCUUCAUAUGCUGCAAACGAUGUUAGAGUGCGCGAUAGAUGGUUUGUUGCGAGGCGUCCUUGUCGACAACAUGGAAGAGGAGAAGAUAAGAAGGCGGUCAGGCCAACUUACUAGACAUGAUACAGAAGCAACAGCGAUACACAGAUACGAACAUCUUCCCAUAAUCCCGCAGCCGUCACAAUGGUAUCCCUCAAGUGCCUCUCCGCCAUUGCUCUCCUCGCAAUCGCUUCAGCUCAGUCGACAAACAACACAACCCCAAUUCGCUACAUGCCCUUUGGCGACAGCAUAACGGAAAUAGUCUGCUGGCGAUCAAAACUGUGGCAGCGGCUUCGUACCACUGAGUGGGCAAACGUCAACUUCGUUGGCAGUGGCAAGACGGAGAACAACUGCCGCGACACGACCUAUGACCGCGACAAUGAAGGACACUCUGGCUUCCUCGCCAUCGAUAUCGCGAAUAAGAACCAGCUUGACGGAUGGCUAAAGACGAACCCCGCAGAUGUCAUCACCAUGCACUUGGGCACAAACGAUAUCGUGCAGCAGAACAAAGCGGUAACGGACAUUAUCGCUGCGUUCACCAAACUCAUUGGCACUAUGCGGACGUCGAAUCCCAAGAUGAAGAUCAUCGUUGCCCAAAUCAUCCCCCUAGGCAUCGGGAACUACAACGGCAAGGUCCAGGAACUGAACCGCGCGAUCGUGCCCUGGGCGCAAGGUCUUAAUACGACGCAGAGCCCCAUCUGGGUUGUAGACCAGUAUACGGGGUUUAGUGGGAGUGCGGAUCUGAGGGACGGAGUACAUCCAAAUGAUAGUGGCGACGUCAAAAUGGCGAACGUGUGGUAUCCUGCGGUUGUGAGGGCUUUUGAGGCUGCGAGAACUGACAGGGUUGUUGUUGGGAGAGAGUUUGCGGCAUAGAUGGAAGCAAGACUGGGGAAGGGCGAUAGCGGUGUAAAUAAGUCCAUGAUGUCCCAUGACGG